UGCCAUGGCUCCCGCGCUGCGCCCGGCGGGGCUGUGCUGCCUGCUCCUGCUGCUGGCGGCGCUGCCCGCACCGUGCGCCUGAGCACGGACGAGGAGGCGCCGCCGGGCACGGUGCUGGGCGCGCUGGGCGCCGAGCUGGCCGGGCUGGCGGCGCCGGGCGAGGCGCUGCGCUUCCGCCUGGUGCAGCCCGCGGGCGCGGGGGGCGAGGGCGGGCGCGGCCACAACGGGUCGCUGGUGAGGCUGCGCGAGGCGGACGGGCAGCUGAGCGUGGGCGAGGCCGGGCUGCUGCUGCCCCUGGACGUGCUGGGCUGCGGGGCGGGGGCCGGGGCGGGGGCGCCGCGCUGCCGCCUGCUGCACGUGGAGCUGGAGGUGCGCGACGUGAACGACCACGCGCCGCGCUUCCCGCAGCCGCAGCCGCUGGCGCUGGAGGUGUCGGAGAGCGCGGCGCCCGGCACGCGCCUGCCGCUGGCGCUGCCCGUGGACGAGGACGUGGGCGCCAACGGCGUGCAGCGCUUCCAGCUCUCGCCCAACGCGCACUUCGGCGUGGAGGUGGAGGCGCAGGCGCGCGCGGACGGCGGGCGCGGCGCCGCCCUGGUGCUGCUGCGCGCGCUGGACCGCGAGGCGCAGGCGGCCCACGCGCUGGAGCUGGUGGCGGCCGACGGCGGCAGCCCGGCGCGCUCGGGCACAGCCGCGGUGCGCGUGCGGGUGCUGGACGCCAACGACAACAGCCCGGCCUUCGCGCAGGCCGCCGUGGCCGUGGAGCUGCGCGAGGACGCGGCGCCGGGCGCGCCGGUGCUGGCACUGAGCGCGGCCGACCCCGACGAGGGCGCCAACGGCGAGGUGGUCUACGGCUUCGGCAGCCGCGCGGCACCCGAGGUGCGGCGCCUCUUCCGCCUGGACCCACACUCGGGCCGCCUCACACUGGCCGCGCCGCUGGACUACGAGCGCCAGCGCGCCUACGAGCUGGACGUGGAGGCGCGUGACCGGGGCGCCAGCCCGCUGGCCGCCACCUGCACCGUGCUGGUGCGCCUGGCCGACGUCAACGACAACGCGCCCGGCAUCCGCCUCAGCCCCCUGGGCCUGGGCGCCGCCGGCCCCCCGGGGCCCGGUCUGGGUGCUGGUGGCAGCCCCGAGCCCAGCCCCAGCGCGCUCUACGUGAGCGAGGCGGCGCCGCGCGACAGCUUCGUGGCGCUGGUCAGCACCUGGGACCGCGACUCGGGCACCAACGGGCAGGUGCGCUGCACGCUGCACGGCCACGAGCACUUUGCGCUGCGGCGCGCCUAUGGCGACAGCUACGUGCUGGUGACGGCGGCCGUGCUGGACCGUGAGCGCCUGCCCGAGUACAACCUCACACUGGUGGCCGAGGACCUGGGCACGCCGCCCUUCCGCACUGUGCGGCCCUACACUGUGCGCCUGCGCGACGAGAACGACAAUGCGCCGCUCUUCGCCCCGCUGCCCCUUGGCCGCGUGGCCGUGCCUGAGAACAACCCCCCCGGCGCCUACCUUGCCACGGUGCUGGCCCGUGACCCUGACCUGGGCCCUAAUGGUAAGGUCAUCUACCGCCUGCUCGAGGCCCAAGUCGCUGGUGCCCCUAUCUCCACUUACGUCUCUCUUGACCCCACCACCGGUGUCUUGCGGGCCCUCUGCACCCUGGACUACGAGGCACUGCAGGUGCUGGAGCUGGAGGCGGAAGCCUGCGAUGCGGGCACCCCCCCACGGUGCAGCCAGAGCCACGUGCACGUUCAUGUGCUGGAUGGUAACGACCAUGCUCCGGAGAUUAUGGCCCCGCCACUGGUCAACAGCUCUGCUGAGCUGCCUCUGCCUUGCCACGCCCCACCAGGCUUUCUGAUUGCCCAUAUUGCUGCCCAGGAUGCGGAUGAAGGACCCAAUGCAGAGCUGUCCUACUCCAUUGCGGCUGGUGCCCAUGACCUCUUUGCACUGCAUGAGCAUACUGGGGUGCUGUGGCUGCGCCGCAGGCUGCAGGGUGGAGAGGUGCAGGCAGCACUCCCACUUGUCAUUAUGGUGCAGGAUGGUGGGCGGCCAACCCUAUCCUGCACUGCCACCUCCAGCUCGUCCCCGCUGAUGUGCUGCCCUCCAGAGUGGAGAUUGUGGUGCCACAGCUCCUGGCAGAGGAGCAGCCUCCACAACCUGGUUUGGACCCCUCCAUGGUCUUCAUUGUGGUGCUGGCUGGUGGCUGCUGGCUGCGAUCAUUGGCGUAGUCUCCACCUGUGGGAAGAGUGUGAGUGGCUGCAAAGGGAGGCCCCGAGAGCAAAUGAGAGACCUGGAGGGCAGGUGGCUAAAAGGUUCGGACCCCCUGGCAGGGAGUCCCUCUGCUGGCCACCAGGUGGGCUUCUGCCAACUCGCCGUCAGCCCUGGGGUUGAGCACCCCUUUGAUCCCUGCUCGGAGGAUGGCAGCUGCGAGUUCUUGUGUCAUUCCACCCAGGAGAGGAAAGGGACUGUUGACUCCCAGGGUCAAGUCCUUAUUUCUUCUCACUCUUCACAUACUUGCCAGGAGGGUUUAUCUGCUUCAAGUUUAAGUGCUCAUUCAACUCCAGAUCAGUUUAGUGUGAAGGACAGUGGGAAGGGAGACAGCGAGUUUAAUGACAGUGAUUCUGACAUCAGUGGAGAGGGGCUGAAGAAGACCCCUUCACAGAUCAUGGAGAAGCAACUUGGUACUGUGGCCUGUGAAGGUAGAAGGGCUUGCAAGGAUGCAGAAGAAUACUGUAGUUCUUAUACCUACCAGCUCCAGGAAAGCAAAACACUUCCUUCACAUUACAGAAAUGGUUAUAUGAUUACACAUUUUUCAACACCCCUUUAUCAGUCCAUUCCUCACCUCCAGAAGCCUAGCUUUCUUUCACAGCACCCAGAACUGAAGGAGUGUUAUUAUCCAGUCAGUAUCUCUAAAACUGAAAGGCUGCAGAGUGUUUGUAAAGGAGUACUAAGUGGUAUCUUGUCAUCUAUGCUCUCUGGACAGUAUGAAGGAUUGAAUCGCCCUUCGCAGAACAUUUUGCCCUUAAAUGCUUCAGAAGUGGCAACAUCAUUCUGAAAUAUUAUUGGACAGACAUGAGAAAGUAUUGGGAAUGUACUAAAUAUGUAAAUGAAAUCUAACUCUUUUGACCUCUUCCCCUAUCAAACCAAAUCUCUUUUAAUUAUGGCAAAAACAAUCAAUGUGUAGACAUAUCAUCCUACCAAAUUUAUUGGCUAUAUUUUACCAAAGAGUCUUAAUUAAAACUGUAUUAAAAUGUGUAGUUAUGGCUGCUAAAAAUGAUAAAAGCAAAGUCAUAUGUUUUAUACUGAAACAAUUUUACAAAUGUAAAUAAGUGUAGAUCCUGGUGUGUAUGUGUGUGUAUAUAUACUAUUAAAAAUGCACAUGUGCUUA